UACAGGUGUGUACCACCACACCCAGCACCCCUGGACAUCCUGACAGGGCACUGUGAGCAUCCGGGAACCAAGGACAACAGCCCUGUCGCGGAAGGAUAUGAAGGACAGCAGGGGCCUUCAGUCCUGGGGGCCACCCUAGAGCACAGGGGCGGGGCCGAGGAGGAAACUACAGAGCUGGAGCCGGCGCCAAUGCGGUGUUGCGGCGCCCCCCAGCGGCCGCAGCCAGGCAGGGACCCUCGCGGCCCGGGAUUCCAGGGAAGACUAGGUAGGCUUGCACCGCCCCAGGGCUCCUCCUCCUCCUGCACCCGAGUAGACGGCCGCUGGCGAGGGUCUCUCCAGCCCGCAUCGCGAGCUGAGGAUACAUGCAGGGUCUUCCAGCACCGAGUCCCCAAGAAUCAACCCCGAGCGGAUGCUGCCCCCAGGACAGGCCCUGCAGACUGGCACGCGCGGGUGUCCUAUCGCCGGCUCAGCCACCCUUCCCCAAGACCCCAGGCUGCGACAACACCGACACUGGCGACAGACAGCGGCAGCGGCAGAUCGGACGAAUUUCGUUUACUUGGGGUGCGGCUCCCUGUGCCCACACCCUCCCAGGCUGGGAGCUCGGCAAGCCUAGCGCGGCCGGCCUCCUUCACGGGUCCAGGAUAUGAGUGCCAGACAGAUGGGCUCCCUUUCUCCUACUGUAUGCAACAGAAAUUUCCAAACCACCUUCUCUAUUCCAGGCACAUUUGCAAAGCCAUUCUAAUACCUUUCAGGGCACAGAGGGGAAAGCCAAGAUUCAGACCCCUUCUACACAACUGUCUUGUCAACCAGACGCAAGAAGCUGGUGCGGGAACCCAGUCGGGCAAGCAGUGGCGGGUGAGCGGGAAGGAGAGGUGGAAGCUGCCACCCAAGCAGGGGCGUGAUGAUUCUCCAGGGGAAGAGGGGAGCAAGGGGCUGGAGAAAGCCGCAGCCCCACUUCUGCACCACAGAGCCGUCUGGCUCGAGGACACACCCCCGGGCCAGGCCUCCAGCAUGGUGUGA